UGUGUGUGUGUGUGACUCUACGUUGACUGUAGGAGAAGCCAGACUGCAGACAUGGGGCUCCGGACUUUGCUGUGUGUGACUCUGCUACUUCACUAUGUUACAGCCUGUGUGUGUGCCCGUCUGCGUAGCUCGAUCAUUGGGGGUCACGAUGCACACAAGGGGGCGUGGCCUUGGAUGGUCUACCUGGAGAUGUUUCGUGUACCGGUACAUCAUAUUUCAAAUAUCAAAUGUGGAGGAUCACUGAUCUCAGAUCAGUGGGUCAUGACCGCAGGACACUGCUGGAAUGAGGAGGUGGACCUUAAGCGUUCGUUUGCUCGUGUCGGGGAGCUGAGCCUGAAGGAACCUUCUGGAACUCUGGUGAAGCUGAAGCGCGUGGUGGUGCAUCCAGACUACAGCUACCAGGAGAAGGAAGGUAUGAUCUACAACGACAUGGCCCUGGUGCAGCUGCAGGACACUGUGUCCUUCUCCCACACGGUGAAGCCCGUGGACCUGCCCAGCCCCCGAGAUAUUAGAUCCGACGCUGAAUGCUGGGUCACUGGCUGGGGCCACGUAGCUGAGAACAAGCCGCUGGGUGGGAAGGAGACUCUGCAGGAAGUGCGGGUGUCUCUGGUUGAUGACAUCACGUGUCGCCGGCUCUUCCCCAAGAUGACUGACGGCAUGACAUGCGCUGGUGACCUGAACCUUAACAGAGGGAAGGACGCCUGCUCGAAUGACUCUGGAGGGCCCCUGGUGUGUGUCCCUGCUGGAGAUGAGAAGAGGAGGUUUGUGCAGGUCGGCAUCGUCAGCUUUGGGAAGGGGUGUGGCCGUAAGGGACGAGCUGGAGUCUACACAUACACCCCCCACUACGCCCAGUUCAUCCACAAGACCAUCAACACAACCUACACACCCUAACACACGCACACUCACAUACACACACACACUCACAUACACACAAACACAAUCACAUAUACAGACAUUUUGUCCAAGUCCAUAUGUAAUAAAAGUUGAACUCAGCUUGAAGUUGA